AUGGCAACUAUUAAGCCCAGUUUGAAAGUGCUGAAAAAGCGUCGUUCCAGUCUGUUUGCAAGCGUAAAGCGGGAUAUUAGCUUUAACCAAAGCACUGAAGAGGACGAUUUGGAAUUCCCUUUUUCACAGGACAGCUCAGUAAAACCUUGGACUUCAAUGGACAACCUUGAAAGCUGUGACGAGAUAAAACAUAAGGCCAAAGAUGCACCAAAUCCAAUUAAAUCAAACAUUGUCAAACUUAAUGUCGGUGGAAAAGUGUUUCACAUUCCCAAACAUUUGGUCCUCCGAUACCCCAAAACACGAAUAGGAGUCCUUGCUCUUUGUGAUGAUCCAGCAAAGCGACUGACACUCUGUGAUGAUUACAACGUAAAGAGCAAUGAGUUCUUUUUUGACAGGGACCCAAUGUUUUUCCAUUAUAUAUUUCAUUUCUACUGCAGCAAUGUCCUUUGGGUGAUGGACAGUCUCUGUCCUGUCAACUUUGAGGAAGAGAUGUUCUUCUGGGGGCUUAAAUUGAAGGACACACCUAGGUGCUGCCGCAUUCUGUUUGAGGAGAAACUGGAUGAAAUAAAAGAUCAACUGAAGGUUAACCAGGAGCUCAUUGAAGAGAUUAAACCUCAUCAAGAUGACGAAUGUUACAAGUCCAUGUUUCUUGGAGACUUUCGUAAAGCCCUGUGGGACCUGAUGGAGAAUCCUUACUCUUCUCUGUCAGCCAAAGCCUUUGCUGUGUUCUCAAGUCUCUUUGUUCUUAUCUCUAUUGUUGCCAUGACGCUUAAUACAGUCAAAGAACUGAGGGAGUACAAACUUGCAGGCAAAACCUAUAUGGAGUGGGUGGAGGUUGCCUCCAUUCUUUUCUUCACUUUGGAAUAUUUCUUGCGGCUCUUCACCACAUCCAAUAUAAAACAUUUUGUCAAAAGUGCUCUCAACUUUGUUGAUUUAGUGGCUGUUAUGCCCUAUUUCAUCCAAAUCAUGUUUGAGACAUUUGUUAUAGAUUCUGAAGAUGCAAGUGCACAGGAAGAUCUGAAGGCUAUGUCAAGAGUCAGUAAAGUCAGCAAAGUGCUCAAAGUGGUCAAGCUGAUGCGUAUCUUUCGUAUCUUAAAGCUUGCCCGGCACUCCACAGGAAUGAGAGCAUUUGGUUUCACCAUCCGGCAGUGUUCUGAGCAGGUGUGCUGCCUUUUUCUGUUCAUUGCCAUGGGAAUUUUUACCUUCUCUGCCCUUAUGCAUUCUGUGGAGGUGGAUCAGCCUGGAACACCAUUUAGCAGCAUACCAGAUGCCUGGUGGUGGGCAGCGGUGAGCAUCUCCACCGUUGGCUACGGGGAUGUUGUUCCGAUCUCAUACCUUGGUCGCUGUGUUGCAUUUGGCUGCAUCUCUUUUGGCAUCAUCCUCAACGGCAUGCCAAUCUCAAUUCUUUUCAACAAGUUCUCUGAUUACUAUGCAAAACUAAAGGAGCAGGAAUACACUUGUUCAAACUUUGUCCGCACCUUCCAGCUCAAGAAACGUCUGAGGCGUAAAUUUGAUAACUGCUUUGAACCUCAGCCAGAAGAUUCUGAUGAUGAGAUACAUUAUCGACCUAGUGGAAGACAAAAUGACCAUGAAAGAGAAGGCUGA